AUGACAGAUACUUCCAACCCUUACAACUAUCAGUUGAUUGUUAGUAAGAGCAACGCCAACGAUCAGGAUAUCCCUAGUGACGAGGAUAUCGAUGGUGACAAUGAUGAUGAUGAUUUAUCCGAUUCUAACAAUUUGAAGACCUUUUUGAUUGAUGAUCAAUUGAAGUUUUGCCUUUUCCAUGAUUACGACAGGAAUGUUAUAGCAUGGAAGGAUAUGGAGGGGGACCUUGGUGAUAUGUAUGAGUACAGAGUAAAUCCAACUGUCACUCAGGAUACUAUCGAUCACUUUUUGUUGGCAAUCUAUAAAUGCGAAUAUGAGAGGAAGUACAAGAAGUCUAGCUCUCAUAUACAUGCUUCUGCUUUGGAGGAAUUUGUUGUCGAUAGAACCGACUUACAGCUUGAAGGUGAUAAUAUGUUAUCGUCAAUUUCUAGUGCUUUUACUACGUUGAGAGAUCAAAGCGGAAUUUUAAUCGUAAGAGACGAAGAGGGAGAAGAUGAUGAUCCUGAAGAAGGAGACGACGACGACGACGACGAUGAUGAUGAUGAUGAUUUUGAGGACGCUAAUGAAGACGUGUCCAAGAUUGGCAAACUUAUAGGGUCCACCGAUUGUGAAUUGUAUGCAUAUAAUCCUAGCAAGCAAGUGUUCAAAGAGAAAGAGAAAAGUGCUACGGUAAAGGUUCUCAGCUUGGGUAACUGGGACUAUUGGCUCGAAGUGAUUAGGAAAAACAGUACAAAUACUUCUUCAAAGGAGAUAUUUGCUGCCUCAUAUGUUAUUGAACAGCUUGACCCUGUUUUUAGGUUCGAGGAAUUGUGCUUUAUUUUCAACUACAUUACUGAGAAAUCUGCAUACACUUACUUAUUGAAAUUUUCGGAUCAGGCGUCCUUUGAUUCGUUCCAACUAGUGUUUGCGAAGGCCAUGUGGGAGCAUGCAAAUAGGACUCAGUGGGUUUCUGUGAAAAGUACGGAACAGGACUAUUUGAUUGAGACUUUCAACAAUCCUUCUCUUGCAGAUGAAGAAAUGGAGGACAUUCAAGAUGCGGACGAAGACGAGGACGAAGAGAUGCCAGAUUCUCAUGCAAGUCUUGCAGAUGAGAACAAGGAUUAUCAAGAGGAUGACGAAGACUAUGACCAGACGAAGGCUAGAUAUGAAAAGGGAGAAUACAAUACUGGAUUGAAAAUAGGCUUGAAGAAUGACCGUGCGUUUAUCUCUCGUGGAAACAGAUUAGGAGUGUUUAGCACAGGCGCCGACGAUAAAAAUCUCGAGUUUGCUACCGCCAUUGAGAAUAUCUCAAGUUCAAAGAAGAAAGAUAAGAGAGUCGAUCCAGAUCGUAUGAUGCUUCAAAAGGGAGAUUCCAUUAUGAUCAUCCAAGAUAAAAGCGAUCCCAACACAAUCUACAAGAUGGAUCUUGAGCGUGGUCAAGUGGUUGAAGACUGGAACUUGAUGAAGGAUUGCGUUGAAAUACCCGUUGUGAAUUUUGCACCUAAUGAUAAGUAUGCGGAGAUGGGCAACGACGAGACAUUCUUGGGACUAUCAAACCAGUCGCUGUUUAAAGUGGAUCCAAGAACCAAGGAGAAAGUCGUCGAUUCACAGUUCAAACAGUACAAGACAAAGACGAACUUCAGCCAAAUCGCCACCACCGAGGACGGAUACAUUGCUGCUUCAACCAAGGCAGGUGAAAUCAAACUAUACGAUCAGCUUGGAAGAAAUGCCAAGACGGCGUUGCCUGGCCUUGGUGAAGAUUUUAUUGGCUUAACCACAUCGAACGAUGGCCGUUUCUUGCUAGCUACAUGCAAAAAUUACCUUCUUUUAAUUGACGUGAAGAUUAAAAGGGGUAAGCAUAGAUACAAGAUGGGAUUUGAAAGAUCUUUUGGUAAGGACGAUAAACCCCUGCCAAAGAAGCUCUCACUCAAGCCAGAGCAUUUGGCCUAUCUAAGACAGAUUUGUGGCAACGAUUUAACAUUCACCAAGGCUAACUUCAACGCUGGGCUCAUCACAAAAUCCAAGAAUCCCACGUCCAUUAUCACCUCUGUUGGUCCAUUUGCUAUUACAUGGAAUUUAAGAAGAGUACUAAGAAACGACCCUGAACCUUACACCAUUCGUCGGUAUAGUGAUAAUGUGAUGAUGGGGGACUUUACCUUCCACAACCAGAACAGAAUGAUUUUAACUUUACCUGACGAUGUCACCUUAGUAUCCUCCAAGUCAUUUCACAAGCCCGGAAAGGAGUUUAGUGUGGUUAAGGAGUUUCCUAACUAG